AUGACACCAUUUGAGGCGUUGUAUGAUAGGAAGUGUCGAACUCCGCUAUGUUGGUCCAAGUUGGAUAAGAGACAAAUUGUUCAUCCGGAUCUGAUUCGUAAGACGGAAGAGAAGGUGAAACUGAUUUGUGAUCGAUUGAUGGCUGCUUCUGAUAGGAAAAAAUCUUAUGUAGAUCUAAAAUGCUAUGAUAUCGAGUUUCAGGUUGGGGACAGAAUGUUCCUUAAGGUUUCAACUUGGAAGAAGGUCUUAAGGUUCAGUCGUAAAGUGUCCAUGUUGCGAAAAUAUCGAUCUGAUCAGUCGCAUGUAGUUCUUAUUAAAAAGAUGAAGGUUCUACCUGAUUUGACAUAUGAGGAAGAAUCGAUUAAGAUUCUAGCACGUAAGAUGAAGGUAUUGUAG